AUGAAGCCCGUCGUUGGAGCCUUUCAAGCUUGGUCUUGCUUUGUUCUUUCGAUCUUCGCCAUCAUAAUACUGUCAGUCCUGGGACUUGUCUACAAGAACAACCAUGAGGAGUUCGUCGGCGGCAUCGAAGACCCCGAGGACGGAUCAGCCGUAGCUUCGACCGUUUUCGUUGCCGUCCUGGUCUACGUCGGCUUCCUGGUCUGCUGUGGUCUGCAAGGUCUUCUUCACAUGCGAGAGAGUCGACGAGGCGCGAUUGCGCUGUAA